AUGGCGCCCCUGGCCGAGGCCGGCGGCCUCCUGGGCGUCCCGGACGGGCUGGUCCAGUCCGGACCCCCCCAGCUCCUGCUGCCCCCCGCCGGGGAGCGCCCGGGACCCCCCGGCCUCGCCCACCUGCAGGGCCUCCUGCGCCGGAGGCAGCUCUACUGUCGGACCGGCUUCCACCUGCAGAUCCUGCCCGACGGCCGCGUCAGGGGCACCCGCCAGGACCACAGCCUCUUCGGAAUCCUGGAAUUCAUCAGCGUGGCUGUGGGCCUGGUCAGCAUCCGCGGCGUGGACACUGGUCUCUAUCUCGGCAUGAAUGACAAAGGGGAGCUGUAUGGAUCUGAGAAGCUGACCUCAGAGUGUGUUUUCAGGGAGCAGUUUGAAGAGAACUGGUAUAAUACUUACUCCUCCAACAUGUACAAGCACGGGACCUCGGGGCGCCGGUACUUUGUGGCCCUGAACAGAGAUGGUUCUCCGAGGGACGGCGCCCGGGCCAAGAGGCACCAGAAGUUUACCCAUUUCCUGCCCAGGCCUGUGGACCCGGAGCGGACUCCCAACCUCUACCGAGACGUCCGGGGUCCCAGCUGAAGCGAAGCCUGAGUUUGAAGGAAGUGCUCAGGAAGCGCUGCCUCCCCACAGUUUCUGUCGCUGAGGAGCUACACGAGGAAAAGCCACAACCUUAAACCGCCGUCUCGGGAACCGAUGUUCAUUGUCGGUGGAGGAUUUGAUUCACCCAGGAGACGCUCCUUCACUCUGGAGGGCUACAUUCUCGCAGAGGCUAAAUGAGUCCUGUUCUGACUGUUACAUGAAUGGGAAAUCAGUUUCCUGAGUCUGCUGCCGAGUCCUGGUUCUAUGGCCUCUGACC